ACUGGCUCUUCUUCAUUCCUUAUGGUGACUCUACCAGAGCAGCUCACCCAACAGUUUGUGUUUUUACAAGGAAGAGUUGAAAAACGAUGGAAAAAAGAAGCUGACAGUGGAGAUUUUUGGUUAUGGUCUGAAAGGAGACUAUCUUUAUGGAGGAUGGACAAAGAUGGCAAGAAGCCGACGACCUUUGUGUCCACUUUCCGGAUGGUCCUCUCAUCUCAGGGUCAAAAAUGCAGAAUGGGAAAGCAGAGACAGAACGGACUGGAUACUCGUAACAGGAUGUUAACAGAAAACAAGCCGGGAGUCUCAUCUGCAUCAGAUGCCAAACAGGUGAAAGUUCAGAGUCUGGAAGCACCUUGCUUCAAAGAACCACUCAGAGACUGCUCAGUCUGUGAAGGAGGGGAUGCUACAUUUCAAGGUGUUAUCACAGGAAGUCAACCUCUAAGCAUUUCCUGGUUACAUAAUGGUCAACAGGUGCUCUCAAGUAAUACUUCCUUCAAAAAUGGUGUCGCUAGUCUAACCCUAACUCAGUGUUCACCUGGAAAUACUGGGGUGUACACCUGCAUAGCUGAGAAUUCUGCUGGACAGAGGUCAAGCAAGGCUUCUUUACAAAUCACAGCUGUCAGAGAAAUCAGCCUUCCAACAAACGUCUCUACCAGCAAAGGGCCUCCAGUAAAGUUUCUUGACCCACCAGAGAAAGUGGAGGUUCGUGUGGGUGAGCAGGCUCAGCUACGCUGUGAAUUCAGGAGCAGCUCUCUCCCUGUGGCCUGCUGCUGGAUUUACAACAAAGUCAAGGUGGUGGCAGCAGGGCCUCGGAUGUCAGUCGGUAGCACGAGGACACGGAGCAGUCUGGCGAUCUCUCAGGCCCUCCCAGACGACACCGGCUUGUACACGGUCAUUGUGAGAAACAGAAUUGGCUCUGCUCAGCACACAGUGUCCCUCAGUGUCAUCGACCGGCCUUCUGCACCAGCAUCCCAGCCUGUUGUUUCCGGGCUCUCCACUCAGUCCCUGGUCCUGUCCUGGACUGGUCCCAGCUACGACGGAGGCACAGCUGUCUUGGGUUACAUUGUAGAAGUCAGUCAAGAAGUAAAACCUGGUAGCUGGACUGAAAUAACCCGGAGUAAGAACACAUCAUACCACAUCCGCUCAGGCUUGGAGCCUCUGGGACAGUACCGCUUCCGCGUCAGAGCUUACAACUCUGCAGGCAUCAGUGAGCCAAGCCGGGAGUCUGAACUUGUCAAAAUGGCAAGUGGAAAGGAGAAGAAAGAAGAGCCUGAGUCUUACAGCAUAGUGACCAUUGACACCAAACAUAAGAUCCGAGACCAUUAUGAUGUACUACAGAAGCUGGGAUAUGGAAAGUUUGGUGAGGUUUUCCGGUUGAUUCACAAAGAGAGGGGCCAGGUGUGUGCUGGAAAGUUCUACCGAGCUCGGACCUCCAAAGACAAGUUGGCAGCUCGCAAAGAGAUUCAACUAAUGAACAAGCUUCAUCAUCCAAAAAUUGUCCAGUGUCUGGCUGCUUAUGAUACACGUUCAGAGAUGGUCAUGGUCAUGGAGUAUAUUGCUGGUGGGGAGCUCUUUGAACGCAUUGUGGAUGACAAUUUUGAGCACACAGAGCCCACCAGUGCUCGUUACAUGCAGCAGAUACUGCAGGGUAUGCAGUAUGUUCACAAGCAGAAUAUCAUACACCUCGACCUCAAACCAGAGAACAUUGUGUGUGUGGAUACAACCGGUACACUGAUCAAGAUCAUUGACUUUGGCCUGGCCAGUGAACUGGAGGAGGGCAAACCUCUGAUGGUGAUGCAUGGCACACCAGAGUUUGUGGCCCCCGAGGUGAUCAACUAUGAGCCAGUGGGUCUGGAGACGGACAUGUGGAGUAUUGGAGUCAUCUGCUUCAUCCUACUUAGCGGAGAAUCCCCUUUCCAAGGAAACAACGAUGCCGAGACUUUGGCUCUUGUGACAGGUGCCUGCUACGAAUUUGACCCGGAGAGUUUUGAAGACAUUUCUGAUGAAGCCAAAGACUUUAUCAGCUCCCUACUGAAGAAAGACCGGAGAGGCAGGCUGUCAUGUACUGAGGCCCUCGCCCACUCCUGGAUGGCCUCUUUUACCCCUCUGAACCGCAGACCCACCAAGUCUCUCAGAAAAGAGAAGAUGAAGCACUUUCUGGCUAGGCGGAAGUGGAAGAAAACUGGCCAAGCUGUGUUGGCCCUGCAGCGGAUGGCUAACCUCUCCAACAAGCCAGACUCUCCUGGCAACUCCUCAGAGGAGCCAGGCUGGAGCCAAGAGGCAGAGGCGGCCAUCCAGUCACUGGACAUGCAGCUGCAGAUUGAGCCUCGCUUCCAGCAGGUCCUGAAGGACAGCACACUUCCCAAGGGAGCCACUGCUCAGCUGACAUGCCUUGUGGAUGGUUACCCGCAGCCAGAAGUGAAGUGGCUUAAGAACGACAAGCAUCUGACUGGAUCAUCUAGGGUGACCAUAGAGCAGCAUAAAGAUGGGUUUUGUUCGCUGGUUCUAGCUGAUCUGAAGCCUUCUGACUCUGGGGUUUAUGUGUGCAGAGCCAAAAACAAGCUGGGAGAAGCAAUGUGCUCUGCCAAACUGAGAGUAGAGCUGUAAGGGAUUGUGUGGGUGGAAAGAAUUUCCUUUUAUUAUGUCAGUGCAUGGAUGCACAGUUAUUCACUGGCAUGCAUAUGAAUGCAUACAGACAACUGCAAGGCAAGAAACGGAUGUGUGAUCAUGUAGGGGUUAGUACGGUUUGGACCCAAAGUCCUUUUGUUUCACAAAUAAGUUAGCGGUGCACUCUGUCUGUAUUCUUCAUAUGUGGCUGUUCUGCUCUGUUACGUGCACGCCAGGUUUUGUAUUAACAUAAGGUCACGUGAAAAUGGAGUACUUUGCUCAAGAUGCACACAUGUAAAUGUUUUUAUAAACAGUAACAUUAAACAUUGAAUUAAAAAAAACAGCUUUAAAUGAUUAACGUUUAAGUUUGUACAAUGGUGAUAAUUUGUCAAAUCCAAAGAAAAUACUGCUUAAAGUUUCAGCAAGCAUGAAUUCAAACCUAAAUUCUUAAAAUUAAUGAGGAAAAGAAGAUAACUUUGCUGGAAAACAUUUAAUGUGUGUUAAGCAAUGAAGCAGAUGUUCAUACCAGUAAAUUAAAAACACUGAUGUCAAUGAAAACUGAAUUUCUGGUAAAUAGUUUUUAUAUGGUUUGACACAAUUUUGACUCAAACUCUGAGGCUUUUAAAUUGUUUUAGACAAACAGUUGAAGUUAUGAGAACUGGCUCUGGGGUAAAAAACCCAUAGAAAGCUUUGCUUGUGUUUUUUGGAGACUGCACUUU